AUGUCGGUUUUCUUGAAGCGCAUCUUUUCCCAGCGUUCGCCGACUUCGCCAAAGGAGAAGGAGGAGAACGGCAUCAAUGGGGUGACAACGAACGGGUUGACGCCCAACGUGCUUGUGACGCACAAUGGGAAGGCGAUUCCCAGCUUCGACGAGCUGCCGCUGUUCCACGACUUCAAGGGGUGCGCGUGGGAGGUGUGGGGCAAGGAGGACGAGCUCGGCACGAUCAAUUUGCUCACGGAGGAGGUUGUCGCGCGGGCUGCGAGGGAGGAGAUCAAGACUGGUAAGGCUGUGUGUUUGAACUGGCCCAUCCACUUCCCUUCGAGGCCCGUGUUCGAACGGAAAGUGCCUGAGAUCACCACGUACCCAAAGUACGGUGAUGACGAUCCCGUGCGCGACGACGUUAUCCAUAUUAACACCCAAUCCGGCUCUCAAUGGGACGGCUUGAAGCACUACGGCAUGCGGGACUAUAAUAUCUUCUACAACAACACGCCCGCGGAAGCGCUAUCCCAAGGCCCGCUGGAGAUCAACGACCCAAGCGAGAUCGACUAUGCCAAGGUUAAGCUCGGCAUGCACAACUGGGCCCGGCACGGCAUCGUCGGCCGCGGCGUCCUGCUCGACAUCGUCAACUACCACACGGCCGACGGCGGCGAGCUGCCGUACGACCCGUGGACGUCGCACCCGAUCACCGUCGCGGAUCUUGAGGCCGUCGCGAAGAAGGAGGGCGUCAAGUUCCGUCCUGGGGAUAUUCUGCUGCUCAGGGUGGGCUUCAUGCAGAAGUACUACAUGGUCAGUCUAGAACAGAAGCACAGUCUGCGGGCGGGGAAGCAUAUGGAGAAUUUCGCGGGCAUCGAGCAGACAGACGAGAUGAGGCGGUUCCUCUGGAACAACCACUUCGCAGCCGUCGCAUCUGACCAGCCAUCCAUGGAGCGAUGGCCGUCUCCGCAGGGUGUCAAGAACCUGCACCAGACGUUCCUCGGUCUCUGGGGCAUGCCGAUAGGCGAAUUCUUCGACGUCGAAGCCCUGUCCGAGACCUGCAAAGCGACAGGCAGAUACACGUUCUUCUUCACCUCGUGGCCUCUGCACAUAAUCGGCGGUGCCGCAAGUCCGCCCAACGCCGCUGCGUACUUUUAACCACCGCGUCCUUGACAACCAUUAUGAGGCUCUCCCGAAGAAAUGCGCCCUCCUGCUUGCCCUUCCGGCACCCCGUCGAAGUAGUCCCCAUUGUACCUAUACCACCAAAUGUACCAUCAUCUUGUAUUCCGC